AUCAAUAUUUAUUUAGUUUUUUGUUAUAAUAAUUUGUUCUCUUUUAAAAAUGGUCCCGAUUCACAAUAAAAAUAGUGAUAGUGUCAAUUGCCAACACUUAGAAAAUCGUAGAAAAAUAUUUGUCAUAUUUUUUGGCUAUAUUAUUUAUGUUUAUAAUAAAAAAUCUUUGAUACCAUUAUUCACCGAAUUAAUCGGUGAAUUUGACCUUUCCGAACAAGAUGUUGGUUUCAUAACCAGUGCUCAACAAGUGUCCAUUUCGGUGGUAACAUUUCUAGGUGGAAUAUUGACCGAUCAUCUGCCAUCAACAUUUUUAUUUUCUUUUGGUCUUUUAAUUACUGGUAUAAGUACAUUAUUCUUUCCAUCCGGUAAGAAUGUCUAUCACUUUGCUGCCGUCUGGUUACUUAAUGGUGUUGGUCAUGGUCUGGAAUUACCCACUGCCUUAUGGUUGACAAAACAAUUUAGUACCAAAGAUACAUUUGCAUCUAAUUGGUCGUUUGUAAUGACUGCGGUUAAUAUUGCCGGUGUCAUCACUCCAACAUGGUCGACCUUUCUAAGCAAUAAUUUAGGUUGGAAAAUGGCUCUAUAUAUUUCCGGAACAUUAACAUUUGCAACUGGAUUAGUCAUUUUAUUCUACUUUAAUAAGGAACCGAGUUUCAAAACAAAUCGUUAUAUAGAGAAUCGAAAAACAGAGAUUAAAUUGCGUUUAUUGGAUUUAUUUAUCUAUUUGCCUCCAUUAUGGAUUGUUAUUAUUAAUCGUUUUGUAGUGUCCUUGUAUCGUUUAUCAAUAAAUAAUUGGUCACAGUUAUUUUUCGCAUCCUUCCAUCAAUUUAAAAUUAAUAAUAAUCAAUAUUUAUCAAGUGUAUUCAUCACCGUUUUCGAAUCAAGUAGUAUUUCCGGGAAACUUCUUGCCGGUAGAAUAAAUGAUUAUUUCAUGCGAAAAAAAAUAACGAACAGUAAUGAACGGCCAUCAUCAGCAUUGGCCGUACGUUUACCCAUAGCCAUGUGUUUACAUUUGAUCUCAGCAUUUGCACUGAUCUUAUACUGUAAUCUAUUAUUAACAACUAAAAACAUAACGAUUUUUAUCUUCAUCGCAAUCAUAGCUGGCAUAUCAUCGGCCGGUAAUGUUAUCACAUUGAGUGUAUUAUCCACCGAAAUUGGGAACAAGAAAUAUCAAGGUCUUGUUACAUCGUUAUGCAAUCUGGCCACUAAACUUGGAGCAUUCUGUUCUGGAUAUCCCUUCACUUUGAUUGCCUUUUCGAUUGGUUGGCAUGGAACCUUUACACUACUUGCAGCUAUUGUUGUAUUGACACUAAUAUUUGACAUGAUAUUUUAUGUUCGUUACAAUAUUCAAUCUCCAGUAGGUGAUAAAAUCAAAUAAAUCCUAUGCAAUUUAGAAUAAAUUUCACUUUAUGAAAAGAAAAAAAAUUGUUAUUGAACUUGGCAUAUUCAUCAUGA